GUUGUCUGUGUAUAUGAACUAAAAGCCGGAUCAAGAUGAUGAGUAAGCAAAAAAUGGCGAAGUUUCGUGAAAAAUUGGACCAAACAUUAGCAUGUAAUGAUCUUGUAGAUGAAGAGUCUAUCAAAAAGCUAGUUGUAAGACAGUUCUCUCUUUCACCAUCAAAUCUAUCUGAAAAUAAUAACGAAUACAUAAUUGAGAGGAGGUCUAAAGAGGUAAAGAACUUUCUUGAUCUACAGAGGAGUGCUUCUGGAGAUCAUCAUAAUAAGCCUGGUGAUUGGAAGGUGAAGGAAGCCAAUGAUGAGUAUCGUGUCAUGUAUCGAGAAGGGCUACAAGGAUCUCCCUUCCAUACAUUACUUGUGGAAGGGUAUGCAGAUGCACCUGUAGAUGUCUGUAUAUGUGCUGCAUGGGAGACAUCUCUCUAUAAGAAAUGGUGGCCCCAAAUCACAGUUCCAACAUUCAGAGUCACGGAAGCUAGAUUGUUGCAAAAGAUUCGGAUCGGCGAGCAUCUUUCUCUAACCAGAAUGAAGGUUACGUGGCCAUUAUCAGCUAGAGAAGUCAUUGUUCACUAUUUGGAAAUUGAAUACUUUGAAGGUGAUUUGGUCAUUGGACUCCUAAACAGUGUACCAGACACAGAUAAAGUUACCAAUGAAACUCAUGGAUUUACCAACAAAGGGAUACCAGAAGCAAAAGAUAUUAUUCGAAUGGAUAUCAUAGGCGGCACUGUAAUGAAGAAAUUGUCUACAAAUAAAACCUACUUUAGGACAAUGGCAAAAAUGGAUUUAAAGCUAGACUUUGUUCCUGCGCGGCUUAUAAAUUUCAUUGCAAGGCAAAUUCUUGGUGGUACUUGCAGGCUCUAUCAAAAGACAGUUGCCUCUGUGGCCAAAGGUGAUGAAGAUUUUGAAGAGGCUUUAAAGAAUCCGUUAUAUGUUCGAAUACGUGAAGGUCUAUAUUCCGGCGAAAAGUUGAAGAACAUUUCCGAAAAUAAAAAUGGAGAAUCUAUACCGGCCCUCUCAGAACUACAUGAAAUUGAAGAAGAAGAAAAGGCUGAACCAGAUUCAAUUGAAAUUGAAGAAGAUGCACUUGAGCCAGUUCAGUCAGGCUUGAAAGAGGUUGAAGAGCAACAGAAUGAACCCUAUUCAAAAGGGAAAAAAGAAGAUGCAACUGUGCCAGAUGAAUCAGGCUUAGAAGGAAAUGGAAAAGUAGACACUGAACUAGAUCAGUCAGACUUGAAGGGAAAUGAAGGAGUGAUGCAUCACCGUACAACAAGCCAAGAUGUUGAACAAUACAAUGGUAAUGGUGGCAGCGAAAAGAAGAUUCGCAUAAGUCUGCAGGUGCAAGAGGCUCUGGGGAUGUUGGACAAUCUCAUGGGGAUGGUUCAAAAAGGUGAAUUUGGAGAGCAAAGUAGCUAUGAUGUUGAAUGUGUUAAUCCAGAGCAUGUAAACUCAGAAUUAGUCAACACAAAGGUAGGAUUGACUUCUUCGAUAAGUUAUAAACAAGAAAUGGAUGAUAUAAGUAAGGGUAUGGAGGAAGCUAACAGCGAUAAUGAUGCUCAUAAUUCAAGAUCAAAACCAACUUACACAUCAAGAGAACUAGAAAAUAACAGCACAGCUCCAGCAUCACCUUUAGGAAAAAAUGUUCCCCUGGCAUACAAUGAAAAUGAAGCUCUAAAACCUUCACAGGAUAAUGAAGAAGUUGGUGUCAAGGUGAACACUACCCAUGAAGGUAGUCCUAAUCACGGAAGAGAGAAGUCAGGCCAGAAAAAGAGGUGGAGGUAUUCUUGCGUACACUUCACUGCCAGCCUCAUUUGAAACUACAGAGGACCCUGUAAACCUAAUAGUAACUAUAGUCACUGACAUUUGAUACUUAUCUCUACCUACUUUGCAAAAUGUUAUUGCCGAUUGAAACAAACAGUAAGAAGCCUGAUUUGGCAUCUCACAUGAGAAACAAUUUGAGAUUGAGACUAAGCCUGUAUCGACUUCAUUCUAGAAUGGAAAACAAUGUUAAAUACAAAAGCGAAACCAU